GUUGGCGUCCGCUCGUUUCGCUUCUCCAACGUCAUGGACGCACAGGUCGGGCAGGAGGAUGUGUACUCCAACUUCGCUAGGAACGCGGUGAUUUCAUCGCUCAACGGAUUCAACUCCUGUGUGCUGGCGUACGGGCAGACAGGAAGCGGCAAGACUUUCUCGCUCUUCGGUCCCCCACAGUGGAUGGACGAGCUUGAAGGCACCAGCUCGAAGCUCGGAAUCGUCGUGCGGAGCAUGUGGGAGCUGCUGGACGCGAGAGAGAAGAUGGCACGAGAGAAGUUGUCAGCGCUUGCGAUCUCAGUGCAGUACGUGCAGGUCUAUCAGGAGGUCGUCACCGACCUUGUGGACGGCAAGAAAGUCAAUCUCCGAACCUCUUCCUCUGGAUUUGAACUUCAUGGAGCCGCUGAAACUACAGUAGCAUCUCGUCGAGAUUUGCUGGAAGUCUUUCGACGAGGAGAGGAGAACAAGCGAUACAGAGCUACGGCCAUGAACGAGCGAUCGAGUAGAGCUCACACAAUCCUAGUCGUCAACCUCCAGCAGAACAGGAGCAAGGAUUCAGCUGGGGUCGACAGGACAGAGCAGCUCAUCAUCCGCUCGCAGCUCGUCCUCGCAGAUCUUGCAGGGUGCGAGCACAUCAGUAAGUCCAAGGUGGAGGGGAGCGCGAAGAGAGAAGCAGCGUCCAUCAACAGCGGUCUGCUCGUGCUCAAGAAGUGCAUCAAGGCCCUCAACGAGGAGCGCAGUCACGUUCCCUUCCUCGAGUCUCGGCUGACCAUGCUGCUCAAGGGCGCUCUUGGAGGCUCUAGCCGAACGUACGUUCUCGUCACUGGCACGCUGGAAGACAGCCAUGGGGACGAGACUAUCGAGGCGCUGCGGUUCGGAGAGCACUGUCAGAACAUAACCAAC